AAACUAAUAGAAGUUUUAUGGAUAUUUAUGGCAAAUUGAAAUAACAAAUUAAUCAAUGGUUAUUGAGUUCGAUUGAUUUUAAUGAACUAUUUGUUUCCCAAAUGCAAAAUACUGAAGAUCCUUGUGCACAAAAAGUCCCUAGAGCUAUAGAUGAUGAAUUCUUACAGGAAAAAUUACUUGAACUCACACGAUGUGGAGAAGCAGGAAGAUUGGCUCGGAUUGAAGGAUUACCUUUCGACAAGGCAGAAAUUAUUCAGUUGGAAUACUGUAAUAUACUGAAGCUCGAUCAUUUAUGGGUAUUGACAAACUUGAAAAAACUCGUCUUGAACAACAACUUGAUAGAUAAAAUCGAAAGUAUUCAUAUGCUGAUACAUCUCACCCAUUUGGAUUUAUCGUUUAAUAGAUUGACGAAGAUCGAAGGCUUAGAAACAUUGGUCAAUUUGGAGCAGCUAAGCUUGUUCGAUAAUCAGAUAACAGAGAUCGAAAAUAUGGGAACCCUCCAAAAAUUGGUUAUAUUCAGCAUCGGACGAAAUCUCAUCGCUGAAAGGAAUAGUGUAGUAUAUUUACGACAACUGGAAAAUUUGAAAUCGCUCAAUAUGGCAGAAAAUCCUUGCUCUUACGAAGAGAACUUCAGAUUAUAUGUUGCAGCAUUUUUACCACAACUCGUAUAUUAUGAGUACAGAUUUAUACAGGAAUUGGAGAGGGAAGUAGGCAUGGAGACGUUUAGCGAAGAAUACAACCAAAUAGUGCAAAAAGAAACCGUCGUGAAGUCUCUUCAAGCAGCCAAGCAAAAAGAACUGGCCGAUGCUCAGCUUCACGCUAAAAGUUUUGUGGAAUAUUUGAACACCAGAGCGUUUUUUGAUUCCUUAUUCGCUGACGAUACUGAAGGAAAAGCAUUAUUGGAUAUUGGAGAGGAGAUGGCAGAGUUGUACAUCGAUUUCGAAGAAAAUGUGAUAGCUGAAUGCAAGUCGAUUUUCGAACUAGGGCAGGAUCAAUAUGCACUCCGACAGAUUGAAAUCGAUCUUUAUAAUCAGAGCGUUGAAACAGCAAAAUUAGAAAACCAAAAGAAGAGUAUUGCUUUCAUGGAGGAGUUUUUGGUACAGGAAGAAGACAUAUUUGAAGAAAUCCGCCAGGGACAAGAGAGAUUCAUGCAAAUAGCAAACAUUGAAGACUAUAACAAAACAGUGGAAAUUCAAGCUGAAAUCUUCCAGAACGUAGUACAUUCUACUUGGAAAUCUCUGAUGAAGAUGGAGCUCGAAUUGUUCGAACAAAUGGUUGAUGUAAAUGAGACAUUCGAACACACACUAACAGACCUUAUCAAUAAUUUCAUUGAAGCCGCUCAGGGUCUCUUCACGAGGAUCAGGGAUUUAGAGGCCGAUUUCAGUGAUGGUGUCGCGGAAGUAGCGAAGAGAUUUCAAAUUUCGCUAAGUAUGUCGGAAGAUGUUCAAAUUCCACCGUCAUUACGUGAGAUGAUGUCCGAUAAAGACGCUCUCACAAAUGCUUUGGGAGCUAGCCAUGAUAUUCAUACACUUUUGAUUGAUACACGUGAGGAUACAUUAAUUAAUAAUGCAAGAGAUUGGUUGGAAAAAUUAGUAACCAAUCUGGAGAAGGACGAAACGAAUCGAAACAGAGAUAAAGUCAUGGAAAUAAGUCACUUCAUGGAUGUACAACGCGAGGAGUUUGAUAAAUUGGCUAACGCUAUAUUAGAGAAUCAAGUUAUAACACUUGGUUUGAUGGAAUGAAAAUAGAUUCUUUUGUUAAUAAAAUUUUAAUGAGCAAUGUCAAUGACAAUUACCAAAAUACUUA